GACUUAUCUAAAAUUAUUAUUUCCGGUCACAAUGGCUGACGAUGCAAUACCAAAAUACUCUCCAGAGGGUUUAUCACACGACUCUGCAGAAGAAGAUCCAUUUGAAAAUGCCAGACAGGCAGGAAAGAAAAAUCUGCUACAAUGGAUGGAGAUCUCGGUGGCUGAGCCAGAAAAAAGAGUUGUGACGUCAAUGAAGGUCCAGGAUACAUUUAUUGUAUAUCUGGUUGAAACAAGAAUCACAGAUAAGAAUAUUAAGUACAACGGGGAUGGGACGUCGUCUUUAUGGCGACGCUACAGCGAGUUUGAGCUGCUACAGAAUUACCUGUCCAUCACCUAUCCCUACAUCGUUGUCCCUCCUCUACCCGAAAAAAAGGCUUCCUAUGUUUGGCAAAAUAGUCCCACCGACAAAUUUGACACAGAAUUCAUUGAGAGAAGACGAGCAGCACUAGAGAUUUUUAUGCUGAGGGUUGCUGCACAUCCAGUUCUCUCUCAAGACAAAAUCUUCAUUGGAUUUAUGCAGCGGGAGGAUGGCUGGAAGGAGUCUGUGUACCUGACUGACUUCCAGAGUAAGGCUGACUCCAGACUGAAGGCUCUGAGUGCUUCCUUCAGACUAAGGAGUCCGGACAGACAGUACGAUGAGUUAAAGAAUUACUGUAACGAGCUAGAGAGCAACAUCGCCAAUCUUCUCAAAAUCCGAGCUAGAAUGGCUGAUAAGCUUUACGGAAUUCAUAAAAUUCAUGCUAAUUAUGGCCGGGUGUAUAACGAAUGGAGUGGAAUAGAGAAAGACAUGGCUGAACCUCUACAGAGUGCAUCUCACUACAUGAAUGUUUUCUCGCAGAGUGUGGAUGGAAUUCUUGACGAGGAGGAACAGUACGCAGACCAGCUCAAGGAAUAUCUCGCCUUUGCUGACUCACUCAGGUCUGUGUGUAGAAAGUACGAGUGUCUGCAGUACGAUGUGGAACGUGCGGAAGACAACCUCGCAUACAAAAAAAGCCAGAAAGACAUGAUGGAGCAAGGAAAAACCGGAGGCGCUUUCUCGUUAAGCGGGAUGAAGACCAAGUUAUUCGGCAGCGACACGCCAGAACAACGCGACCAAAAAAUCAAACAGCUCGAAGAACAGAUCAAACAGACAGAGGAGGAGGUCCAAACCACCUCCCAGGACCUACAAAAAUUUAUUGAUGCUUCUUUGAGGGACAUUGACAGAUUCAAAAGACAGAAAGUCAAAGAUUUGAAGGAAAUAUUUACCAAUUAUGCUGUGAUGCAAAUAAAACAAUGCAAAAAGGGAAUAGCUAUCUGGACCAGUGCGAAGGACUGUUACACAAAGAUGUGAGGGGUGUAGACGACCGUGUUAAUCUGUCUGUCAUGUGAUAUUGAUAAUCCUUACAUGUAAUGAUCAUACUUCCAUUGAGGGAAAAAGAGGAGAGAUGUUGACAUGGACUUGUGCAAUAUGAGGACAGGGGUAGCCUCACCAUUCCAUGGGGUCACCAUGUGCAAUACCUAGCUAGGGUUUUAUCUCCAACAUUCUUUAUCAUAGGAUUUUUAAUCUUGUCAUAUAUUUUAUUUUACGGUGCAUGUAGAAUGUGCUGUGGUUGUGAACAAUGAAGUCCUAGUCAUUUAUAGAAAUACUCAACUGGUGGAUUUCUCUUUGAAACAAAUCUCUGAGGCUCUAUCUUUUUAGUUCCCCAUAUUUUCUAGAAACUGUGGCAGUUGUUAGAAUAUUAAAUGCAUAUUCAUACAUGCCAUUUUAUCAUGAAUGCUAUGUUGAGGAGUACAGUAUUCUCAAUUGUUAAUUUAGGCUUGCGUAAGUAUUGGCUGGUGUUGCUUUUUGUAAGUAGAUCUAUUCGUGACAAUAGCUAUUCCCACAAAUUGUGAAACAUAUGUUAAGAGAGACUGCAAAUGUUGAAUUUUACUACAUGUUCAUAUUUUACUGUUGUGAAAAUAUUGUGUUGCGAGUAGAAACACAAAUAAAUCUGCGAUUGUUGUAAACUUG